AAAGUGUGAUUGAGUAUUGAAUAGUUUUACAGUACUAUGACCUUCAGGUCACAUCCAGCUCAUUUUCCUUGAAUGUGCCCGUCAAAAUCGAAUUUAAAUUUGUAUCAUUUAUAAUUUUCUCCAAUUGUUUUUUUUGUUAUCGAAUGUAUGUGCAUCCUAUAUGUCUGUCAAGUAUCGAUCUGCGUUUACUCAUGUUCUUUUGUUUAGACUUAAGCUAUCAAAGGCUGAACGUUAUAUGAAGUUAGGAUGGCAGUUAAAGUUUCACUUAAUUGCUUACGGGUUCUCUGCAUACAAAGUCAUGUUGUCCAUGGAUAUGUCGGCAAUAAAAUAGCUGUUUUUCCUUUGCAAGUCUUAGGUAUAGAAGUUGACUAUAUUAACUCUGUACAGUUUUCAAAUCACACAGGCUAUGCUUUUGUCAAGGGGCAGGUGUUGGAUGCUGCGAGCAUGAAAGAUUUAUAUCUUGGUUUGAAGGCGAAUGGCCUCAACAAGUAUACUCAUGUGCUCACAGGUUACAUGGGGUCGCCAAGCUCUUUAGAAGCGGUCGCAGAUAUUGUAUCCGACCUCAAAAAAGAGAACUCAAAUAUAAAAUAUUACUGCGAUCCCGUCCUAGGUGAUAAUGGAAAGCUUUACGUUCCACCCGAACUCGUCCAGAUAUACCAAGAAAAAAUACUCCCUUUAUCAGAUGUCAUUUUGCCAAACCAAUUUGAAGCAGAAAUACUAAGUGGUAUACGAAUAACGGAUGAAAAGUCUGCUUUAAAUUGUAUCAACUACUUACAUAAAAAAUAUCAUAUUCCAACUGUAAUUAUUACAAGUACUAAUGUAACUUUAUCACCAGUAAUGUAUGGUUAUGGAAGCCGUUUAAAGAAUCCAAUGAAAAAUAAUCAUAAUAAUAGUAGUGAUUUGUUAAAUCAAACGAAUGGUUCAGUUACAAACAACACUUCAAAAUACGAUCGUGUACGUUUUAAAAUUCCACAUUUUGAUUACCAUUUUAUUGGAACUGGAGAUUUAUUCGCUGCUUUAACAUUAGCUCAUUUAGAGACAAAAAUUGAGAAUGAAAAUGGACAACAAGUACCUAAAUAUUCCUUCAAAGAUGCUUUCCAAUCGGUUCUUAGUACAAUCCAAACUGUUCUAUCAAAAACAUUAAAAAUAUCCGAAGGAGAAUCUUUGAACCUUUCUCAAUCUGCACGAAUCGAACUUAAAAUCAUCCAAAGUCUUGAUGAUAUUCGAAACCCAAUAUUAGGGGAUUAUGUCGAAGAAAUGUAAUUAAAGAGUAAUAUAAAAAUAAAGAAGUUUCAUAUGUAUAAUACAUUUUUUGGUAUUAUACUAUUCCUCUGCCUAUGUAUGUAUGCAUGUAUGGGUGUGUGUAUGUAUGUAGAUUCCCAGUUAAUCUUUCUCAUCUGUAAUACUUUCACCUUUGUUUACUUUAAUUAUCUAAGAAAUGAAAUAGAGAAUUAGAUUACAUUGUUGGA